AUGGCGUCCUCGGUGCCGGCAGCAAUCUCGCAGUCCCUACGGCAGGCCUUCCGGCUGUCGCGAACGCCCUCGGCGGCAAUGUCCCUGGUUGGGCGGACGGCGGUCCGCAGCUCGCUCACAUCACGGCAGCAGGUCACGGGAGGCGGGCGGGGGUUUGCGAGCAGCGGGGCGGCGCGGGCGAAGACGAUCGAGCAGCUGAAGGCGCGGUCGUCGACGGGCCCGUUCUCGUGGAAGGCGGCGGGGCUGUUCGUGGUGACGGGCGGCGGGAUGAUCGUGUACUUCACGUACGAGAAGGCGCGGCUGGAGCGCGAGCGCGUGGUGGCGAUGAGCAAGGGCGUGGGCAAGCCCAAGGUGGGCGGGCCGUUUGUGCUGACGGACCUGGACGGGCGCGAGUUCACGGAGGCGCAGCUGCGGGGGAAAUACAAUUUUGUGUACUUCGGGUUCACGCACUGCCCGGACAUCUGCCCGGACGAGCUGGACAAGAUGGCGGAGAUCAUCGAGCUGGUCAACGGGGCGGGCGGGACGGUGCUGCGGCCGAUCUUCGUGACGUGCGACCCGGCGCGCGACACGCCGGAGGUGCUGCGGGCGUACCUGCGCGAGUUCCACGCGGGGAUUCUGGGACUGACGGGCACGUACGCGCAGGUGAAGCACAUGUGCAAGCAGUACCGCGUGUACUUCAGCACGCCGGAGAACAUCACGCCGGGCGAGGACUACCUGGUGGACCAUAGCAUCUACUUCUACCUGAUGGACCCCGAGGGCGACUUCGUGGAGUGCAUCGGGCGGCAGGACUCGGCGGCGCGGGCGGCCAGCGUGAUCCGCGAGCACAUCAAGGACUGGCAGCGGCAGGGCAAGGCGCUGGACACGCGCUGA